CGUUUAGAGACGGAGCCUCUGCCGUGUUAAGGUGACCUGUACUGAGGCUGUCCUGUUGCCAUUUGUGAGUGAAGAGGAUCUGCUGCAAACAUGUCUCUGUCUAACAAGCUGACCCUGGACAAGGUGGACGUGAAUGGGAAGAGGGUGGUGAUGAGGGUUGACUUUAAUGUCCCUAUGAAAAAUAACCAGAUUACAAACAACCAAAGGAUUAAAGCUGCUGUUCCCAGUAUCCAGCAUUGCCUGGACAAAGGUGCCAAAUCUGUCGUUUUAAUGAGCCACUUGGGGCGGCCGGAUGGUGUUCCCAUGCCUGAGAAGUAUUCGCUGGCUCCAGUUGCCGUGGAACUUAAAACUCUUCUAAAAAGGGAUGUAGUGUUUCUGAAGGACUGUGUGGGACCAGAAGUGGAGGCAUCAUGUGCUGCUCCAGCCACUGGGACUGUCUUUCUCCUGGAGAACCUGCGAUUCCAUGUAGAAGAGGAGGGUAAAGGCAAAGAUGCAGCUGGGAACAAGACCAAGGCAGAUGCUACCAAGGUGGAAGCUUUCCGUGCCUCUCUGUCUAAACUUGGUGAUGUCUACAUCAAUGAUGCUUUUGGAACAGCACAUAGAGCUCACAGCUCUAUGGUCGGUGUUAAAUUGCCCCAGAAAGCUGCUGGUUUCUUAAUGAAGAAAGAGCUUGAUUAUUUUGCAAAGGCACUGGAAAACCCAGAAAGACCUUUCCUUGCUAUUCUUGGAGGGGCCAAGGUCAAGGACAAGAUCCAGCUGAUCAAUAACAUGUUGGACCAAGUGAAUGAAAUGAUCAUUGGUGGAGGAAUGGCAUUCACCUUUUUGAAAGUGCUCAACAACAUGGAGAUUGGUACUUCCUUGUAUGAUGAUGAAGGAGCCAAGAUCGUAAAGGACCUGAUGGCUAAGGCUGAGAAAAACAAUGUAAAGAUUACUCUGCCUGUGGACUUCACGACCGCUGACAAGUUUGAUGAGAAUGCCAAUACUGGGCAGGCCACAAUUGCUGGCGGAAUCCCAGCUGGAUGGAUGGGUCUUGACUGUGGGCCAGAAAGCAUUAAGCUGUUUGUGGAAGCUGUGGGAAGAGCCAAGCAGAUCGUUUGGAAUGGUCCAGUUGGGGUGUUUGAGUGGGACAAGUUUGCUAAAGGAACUAAAGCUGUAAUGGACAAGGUGGUGGAAGUCACAGGCAAGGGGACCAUCACCAUCAUCGGUGGUGGAGAUACUGCAACCUGCUGUGCAAAGUGGGACACUGAAGACAAAGUCAGCCAUGUCAGUACUGGAGGAGGCGCUAGCCUGGAACUGCUUGAAGGUAAAGUCCUUCCUGGUGUUGAUGCUCUGAGCAGCGUCUAAUUUCUUUCACUGGAUAAAGCAAUGAUCAUGAGAGGGAAUGUCUUGGGUCACAAUCCUGGGGAAUGCAAGCCUGAACCUGAUACGACCACAAGCACUUUACUCUGGCUUAAACUCACGGUUCUCUAAAGGAUUAACAAUGUGGUUGGGUUAACUACUCAGCAGCUCCUGCACUGUAUUGAUGAGUAGCAACGGUUAAUAAGCACGCUCAUUUCUCAUUGUACAGCUGGUAGCUUGUCCGAACAGAGUAUGUUGUAGGCUUUGUGUUUUGCUCUUAGAUGUAUAUAUUGCCCUGUAGCUAUGUCUGUGACUCUGUGUUAGGUCCUCACCAAAUGGUAAAUGUUUACAGGAAAACUACAUGGGCAACCCAGAAAUCUGCUAAAAUAAAAAAUAAAUUAC